AUAAAAUUUAAAAAAUGUAGUCAAAAAGAAUUGUUUUAAUCACAGGUGCUAAUAGAGGAUUAGGUUUAAAACUUGCUGAAGUACUUGCAGAAAAAUACUCUUUAAUAUUGACAGCUAGAAAACAUGAAGAGUUAUAAAUUAUAAAAGACAAUUUAUAAAAGAAAUUCUAAAAUCUUGAAAUAAGGACUCAUCAAUUAGAUAUCAGUAAAAAGGAGAGUGUGAAUAAUCUAAAAGAUUGGUUGAUUUAAUAAAAAUUAAAGAUUGAUGUCCUUAUGAAUAAUGCUGGAGUGAGUUAAAAUCCCAGAUAAAUAAUUGACAUCAAUGUCUUAGGAACAAUAGAUGUAAGUGAAUAAUUAUUACCAACACUAACAGACGAUGGAAAGGUAUAUAAUAGAUUAAUUGAAUAUAGAUUAUUUUAGUAGCAUCUAUUUUAGGAAAAUUGGAAAGUUAACCAAAAGAAUUAAAAUAGUAAUUAUAGUAGAAAAUAACAAAGGAAGAAAUCAUUAAACUUUCUGAAGAAUUUAUAAAGGAAAACAAUAACAAUCUUGCUGUCUAUUCAGCAUCCAAAGCAUUAAUUAAUGCGUAUGGAAGAUAUGUUUUGAGUGGAUUAGUAAAACCAAAUUAAUCAGUAUAUUGUAUGCAUCCAGGAUGGUAACAAUAAUUUAUUAUUAAAAAAUAGGAUUAAAACAGAUAUGGGAGGUCCAUAGGCUCCAGGUAGUCUUGAUGAUGGAGUAGUUACUAGUUAAUUUUUAAUUAACAAUCUACCAUUUUAGAGGGAUGAGAAGUACCAUGGCAAAUAUUUUAAUGACAAAGCUUAAAUAGAAGAUUUCUGAGUGAAAUAUAUAUUAUAUUUAAAAAAAAUGAUUUUAUGAUCAUUAUAAUAAUU